AUGAAGCAGGAGAAAGAUAUCCCCCCAGAGCACCACUUCCACCGAACCGGUGAAUGGCUGCCACACGAUCAUCGCGCCCAUCAAGAAUGGCUGGCCGGGGUCAUCGCCCACGUCGACCAGAACCCCAAAGACCUCCACCCGGUACUCCGGGAAUUCCAGGCGUUGGUCGAGAACAACACUCGAGUGUGGCUACUGUUCAGCUCCAUGUUCCAGCAAGUCCCCAACAAGCCCCCCUACAACAACGACCCUCGAGGCCCCGGCCACCCGCAGGUGCGCGACCACGUGCACAUGCUACAGGUCAUCAACCACAUCUUGACCACCGCCCCGUCAUGGAACGACAAGUCUGAGCGGGUCGGGUUGGUCGGGCUGCCGUUCAACGCGCUGUUCGACUGGCCGAUGGGGACGUCCAGCGGGUUCGCCGCCUUCCUCGACCCGGAGGUCAACGCGAUGCUGAAAAAGGUGCUCAAUGCCUGGGGGGACUUUCUUCGCUCGCCCGAGUCGGCCAGCGUGCUGGAGAGAAAGGCCCCGGCAAGCUGGUUCAGCGACCACGGACACGAGGAACUCAGCUUCACCGCCAACGUGGGCAAGUCGAAUUACAAGUUUGAGGACAUGUUCGUCUGCGACCCGUCGGACGCACGGUACGGCUACAAGUCCUGGGACGAUUUCUUCACCCGCCGCUUCCGAGAGCACAUCAGACCGGUGGCUAGUCCGGACGACGACUCGGUGAUUGCCAAUGCAUGCGAGUCCAAGACGUACAAGGUCGCCCGCAACGUCAAGGCCCGCGACCACUUCUGGCUCAAGGGCCAGCCAUAUUCGGUGCGCGACAUGUUAGCCCAGGAUGCUCUGGCCGACCAAUUCGUCGGCGGCACCGUCUACCAAGCCUUCCUCAGCGCGCUCAGCUACCACCGCUGGCACGCACCGGUGUCGGGAAAGCUGGUCAAGGCGUACGUGGUCGACGGCACCUACUACUCGGAGCCGCUGUUCGAGGACUUCAGCCCAGAGCAUGGCGCUGACCCCUCGGGGCAGGUCACCAGUCAGGGAUACCUGACGGCAACGGCGACACGAGCCAUCAUGUUCUUCCAGGCGGACAACCCGGCGAUUGGGCUCAUGGCGUUUUUGGGCAUCGGCAUGUGUGAGGUGUCGACGUGCGAGAUGACGGUCAAGGAAGGACAGCAUGUGAACAAGGGCGACGAGAUCGGCAUGUUCCAUUUCGGUGGGUCGACCCAUUGUCUGCUGUUCCGGAAGGGGGUGGAGGUGGAGGGAUUCCCGGAGCCGCAUCCAGAGCACAACAUUCCUCUGAACAGCGCCCUGGCUCGAGUGAAGACGACAUAG